AUGUCGCAAACCGACACCUCCUCCACAGGCCGCACCUGGGAGGUCUACAUUCCCCACCUCAACAGCAUACCCCCCGCCAUGUCCGACCUCCUCGAGCACUACGCCCACGUCCCACCCGGGCCCAACCACCAGACCCAGAUCGACCACGUCCUCGCCGUCCGCGAUCCGGUGUACAAAUCUAACCCGUAUCCUUGCAUCGGGCGCUUCCGCUUCCUGACGCUGGACUUGGCUACCCACUGCUUGUAUAAGACUGACGUCCUCCCGCGCAUGACCAGCACUUCUUCGCCGCCACAAAUCUUUCUGGACCUAGGAACCUGCCUCAGCCAGGAUAUGCGGAAGCUCAUCUACGACGGCGCCCCGCCCCUGCACUGCUACGGUGCCGACAUCAUCCCCGCGUACAUUGAUGCAGGGUAUAAGUUGUUCAACGAUGCAGAGCGGUUCCCCAGGGACACACAGUUCUUCUGCCCGAUGGACAUCUUCGACGAGGACCCGAGCAGCAAUCCUCUGUUGAAGGGGUCGGGCGGGAAAGUGGAUAUCAUUCAUGCAACGGCAUUCUUCCAUUUAUUCUCUUGGGACCAGCAGUUGGUGGUUGCGGCGCAGUGUCUGCGCUUGUUACGGAAGCAAGGACGACAAGAGGACGAGGGCUGCCUCAUCCUAGGCAAGCAAGUCGGCUACGUCGAAGCCCAAGAGUCGCAGCGCAGGGACAACCCGGAGCUGAAGUCCUUCCGGCAUAAUGAAGCUAGUUGGCGGAAGCUGUGGGAGUCAGUGGUCAGAGAGGAGGAGUUCAGGGACGUGGUGAAGGAGAUCAGGGUCGAGGUGCACAAGAUGCAUGAGCGGCAUGAAGGGCUGCAGGCGGAGGAUGGGAAGGGGGUUGCGGGUGGGCAGGCGAGUAUGCCUAGUGGGUUUCGGUGGAUGGAGUGGUCGGUAAGGGUGUGGUUCUGA